AUGCCCUCCUCUUACUCCGCACCAUCCUCCAAACCUCCCCAAUUCGUCGGCGGCCUCGUAGGAGGAAUCGUUGGCGGCCUUGUGGCGAUUCUCCUCAUCCUCGGAUCCGCGCUGCUACUACGGAGGUACAAAUCCCGCCUGGACUGGAGACCUCGACACACAGGCGACGGCCCAGGCGGCGAGUCGGCCCCACACCAAGGCGGUCCACCAGAGGUCCGCGUCAGCAGAGCGGAAACUAGCUCGACAUCGUCGCUCCUUUCCCCAUCCCCUGUACCCCGGGCUUCCUUCCUCUCCGAGGACUUCACCGCCAUCGCGCCCUACUCCGACCCAAAAUUCGCGCCCACAUACUCUCCACGCUCCUCCAAACUAGCCCCAUCCACACCCACAAGGUCCCCCUCGGAAGCCCGCCCCCCCUCUAACACCGGACCAGCGGACGUCACAUUCGUGCUCGACUCCGAAUACGAGUUCGCGCCCCCCUCCUCCCCCUCCCCCGGGCCCACAUCGGCCUUCCCCUUCCCCUUCGCGCGCUCGCCCGGGCGGCCGCCGUCGCACUCGAUCGACGUGCCCGACCCCGCGCUCUCCGUGACGGGCACAGAGCGCUCGCUGCGCCACGCGGAAAUCACGCGCGAGAUCCAGGAGCUCGAGACGAUGGUGCGCGAGAUGCACUACCCGGGGAGACCGGGUGCGGACGCGAAGGCACCGCCGGCGCCCCAGCGGGAGGAGCUGAGCCGCCGGGAGCGGCUCCGCCAGCUGAAGAACGAGAUCGCGCGACUGCGCGUGCAGCUCGCAAGGGAGCGGAGGCUGGUGAUGGAGGCGGCGCCGCGGAAGAAACGGCCAGGGAAACGGAUCCUGGCUGUGAUAGAGUAG